AUGCAGCAAAAAAGGGAUCUCCCCGAUCCCUCACAAUCCUUCACCGAGAAAAAGACCAAAAUCCUAGAACAGCUAUCCGUCCCAGACGCCCAAUACACAGACCUCUCGCCAAAAGGAACCGUCGACAAAGGAAUCCGCCAUCUCAUCGACGAAAUCAACAGCACAUCCGGGUUCGUAACAACCAGCAGUUGCGCCGGCAGAGUCAGCGUUUUUCAAGAGGGCAGAAAAGCACCGCUAGCUGCAGGCGGGGAUGCAGAUGUCGAUGAAGGUCCUUCCGCUCAGGUAGCUGGUGUGGGAGGGAAAGGCGCAGGCGGGACAUGGCUAUUCGUUUCUCAUGAUCCUGUCGAGGGGCAAGAUUGGGUGACUGACCUGCAACUUGUUGAUGAACAUGGCAGUCAAGACGGUAAAAGCAGAUUAAUACAUUUCAAAUUUGAGCCAAUGAUUCUUCAUGUUCUAACUGCAUCUUUGGCACACGCACAACUCCUCCUGCGGUCUGCACUACAAGCCGGGUUUAGAGAGUCAGGCGCCAUAAACAUUACGUCUGAUUCAAAAACUACGCCGAUAGUGGCAGUUCGCUCCAUGGGACUGGGGUUCGAGUCAUUGAUUGGGUAUGAAUCGAAUGGGCGACGGUGCACCCUCGUGACGGCUUCAUAUCUACGGAUGUUGAUGGAUAUUGGGAAUGAGCGGUUUCUAGAGAAUGCGAAGCGUAUUGAGAGAUUUCGGAUUGCAUUUAAGGAGAGUCUGGCGCCGAAGAUGGCUAGGAGGAAUCCUGAGGGGCGGGAGUGGGAGGACGCGGCGAGCAGGAGGGAGAGAAUGAGGGAGGAGGGGCUGAGGAGGAAGGCUUUGAAGGCCGAGGAUGUAGAGAAGGGUGAAACGGUGGACGAUGAGGAUAUGUAUGAGGGGUUGGAGUAG